UCCUCCCCCUCCAUUCACACUAGUAUUUAGCAUCAGAGACUAGGAUAAAGUUUCCCAAAAAAUUAGGAAAAAACUUCCUGCGGGAGGAAAACUCUGCCAAACUCUACUUUUGGAAGUAGAGGCGCAGUCUCGGGACUUCAGGAGGACAGACAAACCCCCGAAAAACGCACGGAUAUAACGGUCAAACCACGGAUUCAAAGGUGGAGAGCGCGUUUUCUCCUCGACCUUCACAUUUCUUUAAAAAAGAAAUGGAAGAGAGUUCAAGCUCUCCCGUCUCCCCAGUGGACAGCCUGGUGACCAGCGAGGAGGAGUUGGACAGACAACAGAAAAGGUUCGGGAGGAAGAGGAGACACAGUAAAAAGUCGAGCGAGGACAGCAGCAGCCCGAGCUCCGUGAACAAACGGAGCAAAAAGCCGAGCCCGAGCAGCACUCAGUCGUUCGAGGAGCUGCAGAACCAGCGCGUUCUGGCGAACGUCAGGGAGAGGCAACGGACUCAGUCGCUGAACGAAGCGUUCGCGUCUUUGCGCAAAAUCAUCCCCACGCUCCCCUCGGAUAAACUCAGCAAGAUACAGACGCUCAAGCUCGCCUCCAGGUACAUUGAUUUCCUCUGUCAAGUGCUGCAGAGCGACGAGAUGGACAACAAGAUGUCGAGCUGCAGCUACGUCGCGCACGAGAGACUCAGUUACGCCUUUUCGGUGUGGAGGAUGGAGGGCGCGUGGUCGAUGUCUGCGUCCCACUAGCAGCGAGACACGUCCAUACCAUGCCAAACGGACUGUUUACUUCCACUUAUUUUGAAGACACCAAAGGAUUUAUUGAUGAACCUCUAAACCUCAAAGACGUGGCCAUUUGGUGGAUACACCUACGGACUUGAGCAUCCUCACGAAGGACACGACCAAAGGAACUUUCUAUAUACUUAGAGAAAAAGUAGAUGACGUCUCCUGUGUCGUCAAAUACAUUUAAUCUUUUUCACAAGUUAUUCUUAAAUGUCGCUGUGGUGAUAGUACAGGAAGGCCAUCUGUUAUCUGUAUGGAAACUAUAUUUCGUGUUUGUCUCUAAACAGAAGAGUUUAUAUAUAUAUAUAUGAACAAAAAAACUAUUGUACAUAGGCUACCUGUGAGUAUUGUCAGCUUUUUUAAGGGACCAAUGCAAUUUAGAGCAAUACUUUCUUGAAGUAUGCUGCAUGGAUGAAUGCAUACAUUUGAUUUUUCCUAUGCAACAUUUUCGAUUUCCAUCCAUUGUACAUUUUGCUUAUUUAUUAAAACAUAUUUUUGAACAUUUA